AUGCUGUGCUUGCAAUCGAAACAGUCGAAAUAUGAUGUAGUCAUUCAAUUUAUAUAUAUCCUUCUUGAGGAGUUUUCGGGUGUGGAGGACCAAUCAAACUUCGGGCUCAGAUGGAGCGGCAAUGGUGGGGCGUGGCUGCUUGGGCUGGGCCAGACGCCUCAGCAGUGGGCGGUGGAAUGUGUGAAGGGAGGCCGAGGCCAGCGAGAGCCGGGAUGUACCAAGGCGCCAAUGUCAGCGGCAAGAGCAGACAUCGCGCGACGGCAGAUGGCACGUUUAAUCGACACGAGACAUGAGUGCAAGCGUGAGGAGCAGACCGUGGGCAUCGGGAACCUGAGUCACUGUGAUCACGUGGUUCUCUCCCCCGUUCACCUGCCUCGCCUACCAGCCCACAUCCAUCGUGUGAUCGGAACGGGCGAUCGAUACACGGGAUGA